AUAAAAAAAAAACCAAUAAUGGCAUUGAGAAGGGAUUCCCUGACCUUAGAGAUCAACGUGGUGUCCGCUGAAGGGCUCAACGACGGCAAGGAGUCGCCGGAGAUGAAGCUAUACGCCGUCGUUUCGGUGGCCGGCGAUGCCGAGAUAGAGCAAAAAUCCGAGACCUACGUGGACGCAGAAGGCGGCGGAAACCCACAGUGGAACUUUCCGAUGAAAUUCAUUGUGGAGAAAAGCGCGGCCAAGAAAGCCCUCCACUCUGAACUUGCCUUCUCUCUGAACUGCAAAAAUGGAGACUGUGAGGUGGGCCAGGUCAAGGUGCCGAUGUGGCAGCUUAUUAUUGGACAGGCCGGCCAGAAUUUUUUUGCAAACUCCUCCGAUAAUAAUAAUGGUAAUAAUAACAUGCAAUACGUUUCGUUUCCAGUGAAGAAGACUAGUUCGGGAAAAAUGGAGGGGGUGCUGAAUUUCGGAUAUAGAUUUGAGGGUUCAAUGGCUGUGAUUCCGCCACCUGUAACUGCAAGGAAUUUUCCAGUUAAUAAGCCUGCAACUGAUCGUGCUGCUACUCCGGUGCCACAGCCACAAUCUGAUCAAGGACAGUUUCACGAGGGUUCAGCAUUUCCAGGGCAUCCAAAUUGCGAGCAUAUAUGUUCCCAUGAAAUUGGACAUGCGCAGCCAUUCGGGCAACGGGCUAGAAAGAAAAGAGCAGCAGUGUCAAACAUGGCAGCCAAGAUGGCAACACUCGUCACCGGUGGGCUUAUAAUUAAAGGUUUGACCGGCGGAUUCGGUUCCUCCUCCCAGCCUCCGCCGGAUGGCUCAGACGCAGGCGCUGAAUACACCCCACCAGACGAAGGCGACAACGGCGACAACGACGAUGACUACGAUGAUUUCUGUUCGUUUAUGUAACUCUAUUACUAAGAUGGUCAUUGUUGGCAAUUUGAGUGUUUAAAAUUGUAAAACUCUUUUCAUGUGAUUGUGUUCGUG